GUCGGCUCGGACGUUUCUUGAGUUUGAAAGGGACCAAUUUCGAUUCGUUUCCAAUCUCGUUUCUUGUCUCCCACAAGCUUGGGAUUUCAUAAAGGAAAAAGAAAAACAUAAAUGGUAGCUAAAUUAUUGUGUAGAACCUCCUUGCUCUGUUGUAAUGCCUGCAUAGCUGUCUCUGCUCAUUCAAAUCGUACUUUCUUCACUCCUCGAACGCCUAAGCUUCACUUCGGAGCUAAAGGGAGAUUUAGUGGAGUUAGAAUUGAGGGUUACUUGAAUACGCGGCGUUCGUCGAUGAGUUCAACGGCAUUUCCGGCGGCAUCGGGGUCGGAGAAACAGGCGGAACAAGUUGACAGAAUCUUUUCUGGUGAAAAUGACGAUUAUGGAGGGGUGAUUGUUGAGAUGACCAGUGAGCCCAUGGACCCUUCACUCUUCGUUACGAUGCUUCGGGCAUCAAUUUGUCAAUGGAGACAGCAGGGAAAGAGAGGUGUGUGGAUCAAGUUGCCUAUUGAGCUUGCUAACCUUGUUGAACCAUUAGUAAAGGAAGGAUUCUAUUACCAUCAUGCUGAACCGAAGUAUUUGAUGCUUGUGCACUGGCUACCCAUAACUGUAAAUACUAUUCCAGGAAAUGCCACCCACAGGGUUGGUGUAGGGGCUUUUGUCAUGAAUGAAAAGAAUGAGGUAUUGGUUGUCCAGGAAAAGAGUGGACAAUUCCGAGGAAAUGGUUUUUGGAAAUUUCCCACUGGAGUCGUUGAUGAGGGUGAAGAUAUAUGCGAUGCAGCUGUCAGAGAAGUAAAAGAAGAGACAGGGAUCGAUACAACCUUUGUGGAGAUACUAGCUUUCAGGAUGAUCAGCUUUCAGUAAAAUUUGGAACUUUAAAAAAUUUACAUUCCAGGCAGAGCCACAAGUCCUUUUUUGAGAAGUCGGAUUUAUUCUUCUUGUGCAUGAUGCAACCGUCAUCCUUUGACAUUCAAAUUCAGGAACAAGAGAUAGAAGAAGCCCAGUGGAUGCCAUAUGAAGAAUAUGCAUCUCAGCCAUUCAUCCAACAACAUGAGAUGCUCAAGCACAUUGUUGAUGUGUGUGAAGCAAAGAUACAGGACAAGUAUCGUGGGUUCUCAGCCGUGAAGACAGAGAUCGGCCUCUCUAAGAAGAUAAGCUACUUAUACUUGAACAAGGACCACACUUGUCACUAUACCCAAAAACAUGCCACUACAUAAUGAUUUCUUGGGUGUUUUCUUAUAUAUAGCCGGAUUAGAAUUAUUGGAUCGGGUUGUUUAUUUUAAUGGCAUCAAGUCAUCAACCAUGUAACACUUGCACGAAAGUCGAGUUAAACAUUUGCAAAGGUGUAGAAGAGGAUGAAGUUUGAUUUCUCUAUCUUUACUCUUCUGCAAGAUCAUAUAAAGCCUUAUUCACUCUUCUGAUUGAAAUAUAUUUCCACUUUAUCGCUUUGUGUGUGAAUGGGACAACAAAUCUUAAGAAUAGAAAUGCUGUCUUUUUUAGAAGACAUUUUACUGGGAAAAC